UCCACACAACACCUCAAGUUAGUCACCAUUCAACUCAUCGAGCUUUUCUAUACCCUUUCAACUUCAAGAAAUGGCAGCAGUUGAAGCCAAUGGUACCCUUCAAGCAAACACCAAAACCACCACAGAGCCUGUGCGUCCUUUGGCCAAUUUCCCUCCUUCUGUAUGGGGUGAUCGUUUCUUGUCAUUCUCUCUUGACAAUACGGAAUUGGAAGGAUAUGCAAAAGCCAUGGAGGAGCCCAAAGAAGAAGUGAGAAGAUUGAUCGUAGAUCCAACAAUGGAUUCAAAUAAGAAACUAAGUUUGAUUUAUUCUGUACAUCGACUUGGUUUGACAUAUCUUUUCUUGCAAGAGAUAGAAGCACAGCUUGACAAUAUUUUCAAAGCGUUUAAAUUGCAAGAUUAUGAUGAAGUUGAUCUAUACACAACUUCUAUUAACUUUCAAGUUUUCCGACACCUUGGUCACAAACUGCCUUGUGAUGUGUUUAACAAAUUCAAGGACAGCAGCUCGGGUACAUUCAAGGAAUCCAUUACCAACGAUGUGAAGGGUAUGCUAGGUCUAUAUGAAUGUGCGCAAUUGAGAUUACGAGGUGAAUCGAUUCUAGAUGAAGCCUCAGCAUUCACUGUAACUCAGCUAAAGAGUGUAGUAAACACUCUUGAAGGAAAACUUGCACAGCAGGUAUUACAAUCAUUGAAGAGACCAUUCCAUCAAGGGAUGCCAAUGGUUGAGGCAAGGUUUUAUUUCUCCAACUAUGAUGAAGAAUGUUCCACACAUGAGUCGCUAGUAAAGCUUGCAAAGCUGCAUUUCAACUAUUUGCAGCUACAACAAAAGGAAGAACUUCGCAUUGUCUCAAAGUGGUGGAAGGAUAUGAGGUUCCAGGAAACUACUCCAUAUAUAAGGGAUAGAGUACCAGAGAUUUACUUAUGGAUUUUGGGAUUGUACUUUGAGCCUCGUUAUUCCUUGGCACGAAUCAUCGCCACAAAAAUUACAUUGUUUCUUGUGGUGCUAGAUGACACAUACGAUGCAUAUGCUACCAUCGAAGAGAUUCGACUUCUAACAGAUGCCAUAAAUAGGUGGGACAUUAGUGCUAUUGAGCAAAUUCCGGAAUACAUUCGACCAUUCUACAAAAUUCUCCUAGACGAGUAUGCGGAACUUGAGAAACAACUAGCUAAAGAAGGAAGAGCAAAAAGCGUCAUUGCUUCAAAAGAAGCGUUCCAAGACAUUGCUAGAGGCUACCUUGAAGAGGCCGAGUGGACGAACAGUGGUUAUGUUGCAUCAUUUCCAGAGUAUAUGAAGAACGGGUUAGUUACAUCUGCCUACAAUGUUAUUUCGAAAUCUGCCUUAGUGGGUAUGGGUGAGAUGGUUAGUGAAGAUGCUUUGGCCUGGUAUGAGAGUCAUCCAAAGACUUUGCAAGCUUCAGAGUUAAUUUCAAGACUCCAAGAUGAUGUCAUGACUUACCAGUUUGAGCGAGAAAGGGGUCAAUCAGCCACUGGUGUUGACUCAUAUAUCAAGACGUAUGGCGUGUCAGAAAAGGAAGCUAUUGAUGAGCUGAAUAAAAUGAUUGAAAAUGCAUGGAAGGAUAUAAACGAGGGAUGCCUUAAGCCAAGAGAAGUCUCUAUGGAUUUGCUUGCCCCAAUUCUUAAUCUUGCAAGAAUGAUAGAUGUGGUAUACAGGUACGACGAUGGGUUUACUUUUCCGGGAAAGACCAUGAAAGAGUAUAUUACCCUUUUGUUUGUUGGUUCGUCACCUAUGUAAUAAAUUAAUAAUUGUUGUUUCAUAUUUUUGUUGUUUCAUAUGUUCAUUACAAUUUUCCCAAUGAUGAAUAAUAAAUAUAUUGUGGUCGGGUA